UACUCAGUUUUAUACUUUGAUAAUCUGGUCACUCACAAUACGAACAUAUGUGUCUUUUUUUAAAUAAUUAUGAAGAUUUUUUAUUAUAAUUUAGAAGAGUUUCAAUUUAUCAUCUUUUAUUGAAGAGUAAAAGAAGGUGACUUACGCAUAUAAGAUAUGUAAAAAGAAAGAAAAAAUAUUAAAAUGCCAAAUACAAAUGAAGACAAAAAACAGCGAUUAACAGGGUCAGUAUUUGAAGGAAUUAAAUCUGGAAGCAUUAUGCAAACUAGAUUUAAAUUGAUUCCUGAUGCUCAUUUGAAUACAGAAACAGUCGCCGGUAUUCGAGAUAUGAAUCUCGGUAGAAUACGAGCCGAUGGAACCAGUGUUGGUGCACCUACUAUUCGUUUCGAUACCGGACAAAAUUCGGUACCCCAUAUCAAUAUCAAUCCAAAAGGUAAGCCUAGAGCAUCAGAUCCACAUAUACAGGUUCCAGAAGGAGUGAUAGAGGGAGCUAAAGUUAUUAAUAAAACCUUAAAAUAUGUUGGUACGAGUUUAACAGUGGCUGCGAUAGUAAUUGAUUCCUACCGUAUUGGUUGUGCACUUAAAGAUGAUUUAUAUAUUCGCGAUAACGCAAAUAAAAUAAUCUUGGAAUUAGAGGAAAGCAUUGAAAAACUGAAAAAAACACUUGAGGCUGAAACUAAUUCAAGCAAAAGACAAGAAAUUAGAUAUGCUAUUGAACAAAUAGAAGAGAUUUUGAAAGAUGUAAAACGUACAAGAAAAGUCCUGGUUAAAACGAUUAAAACAAUUUCAAGUACUGUCGGAGGUUGGAGUGCUGGUGCAGCAAGUGGUUUUAGUGGGACAUGGAUUGGUAUAAAAACAGGUACUAUGAUUGGAACUAUGUGUGGUGGCCCAGUUGGUGCAGCGAUUGGUGCUCCAAUUGGUGCAAUCGUUGGUGGAAUCGGAGGUGGAAUUAUAGGUGGUAUUUUUGGAAGUGAAGGUGGUGAAGCUUUAGCUAAAAAAGGAUUGCAAUUAAUUGAUGAUUAAUUAAGAUUUAUAAUUAAAUGAAUUUUAUAUAUUUUAUAUAUUUUAUAUUUUGAGCUAUUAUGUUUAAAUGUUCUAAAAAAAAACUAUAAUUUAUUAUAAAAAUUUUUAUAAUAAUUUUAUAAUAAUUUGAAUUAUUUCAAAUUAUUGAUCAUAAUGAUUUUCAAGGAAUUCAAUUUUGUAUAUUAUAGCAAUUUCUGAAAAAUCCUAUAAUUUUUAUGAAUAAUAUAUUUGUUGUGUAGAUUUUAAGACUAGGAUUUAAAUUACACAAUAAUCUUAUUUAUAUAUUCUUGAUUAUUCAGUAGAAUAAAUAAAAUCUGAACAAA